AUGAGAACUGUUAUUCAUUCUGUAAGACAAUUUAGAUCAGCUUUUCGGUAUAGAUGGAACUAUACCUAUGAUGGAUUUCCGAAAAGACGAGAUUAUUGGUGCAAUACAAAUUUCCAGUCAGUAUACAGCCUAUCAAGAAAAUUAGAUGUUUGUGAAUGUAGACAUCCAUCACAGAUGAUCUCCAGAGUCAUGUUUACCAACGCAGUUAAUGUUUCUCAUCAAGAACUAAAUCAAUCUGGACCUCUUGUGGAAUAUGAACGUAGGAUAAGUGCUGGUGAACUUUUGGAUGGUGAUACUAACCAGUUAGGCUCCUUAACAGAGCUUCAAAGGCUCUACGACGAGCUCGUUGAAAAGGCUGAUGCUUGCAGGUUGGAUCGAUAUGCCACUUCUGAAAAAGCUGGAAGGAGUAGAUGGUUGUGGUCCCGUUUCAUACCCCAAACUUCAUAUGCACCUGUGAAAGGACUUUAUCUUUAUGGUGGAGUGGGCACAGGCAAGACUAUGUUGAUGGACCUGUUUUUUGAACAAUUGCCUUGCAACUGGAGGAAAAAGAGGAUCCAUUUUCAUGACUUUAUGUUGGAUGUCCACAGCCGUUUGCAAAAGCACAAGGGCGUGGCAGAUCCUCUAGAAGUUGUCGCUGGAGAGAUAUCCGAUGAAUCUCUCUUGUUAUGUCUUGAUGAAUUCAUGGUGACCGACGUUGCUGACGCCUUGAUCCUAAAUCGUUUAUUUGGACAUUUAUUCAGCAAUGGAGCUAUUCUCGUUUCUACUUCAAAUCGAGCUCCAGAUAAACUUUAUGAAGGGGGGCUGCAGAGAGAUCUUUUUCUACCAUUCAUUGCAUCUCUGAAGGAAAGAUGUGUUGUUCAUGAAAUUGGUUCGGCUGUGGACUAUCGGAAAAUGACUUCGGCACAGCAAGGUUUCUACUUUGUUGGCGAAAACUUAUCCAGCCUUCUUAAGGAAAAAUUUCAAGAAUUAGUUGGGGAACACAGAGCUGUUCAGCAAGAGGUGGAAGUCAUCAUGGGAAGGAAAUUGCUGGUUCCGCUGGGUGCCAAUGGAUGUGCAUAUUUCCCUUUCGAGGAACUAUGUGACAGGCCUCUUGGAGCAGCAGACUAUUUUGGUCUCUUCAAAAAAUUUCAUACUCUGGCUUUGGAAGUGUCAGAUGCUCAACAAAUGGCACCUCGAACCUCUUCAAGAUCGAGGAAAUACGAUGAUUCUGACAUUUGCGUAGACAACGAAUUAGGUUUUGCAAAAGAUCGCACCAUUAGUAGGUUGACAGAGAUGAAUAGCAGAGAGUAUUUAGAGCAACAUGCUGCAAUGUUGGCAGAGAAGCCCGUCCUGCAGGAACAUGAUAAUGAGAAUGCCCUACAGUCAGCCCUGAAUGAGUGA